CGCCUGUAUGGUCGUAGCAUGUUGCCGUUAUCUUUGUUAUGACCAUGCCAAGAAUCGCGACUCCACUUUAUACAAAUAAUGAUAUUUUUAAAAACGUCUAUGUGAACAAACAUUUUCCUCGUUUCCAAUGAGUGAGUGAGUUAGGUUCACACCGCUUUGAACAGUAUUCCAGUUAUACCACGGCGUGUCAGCUUGUUGCACGUGGGAGGAAAGCCGGACGUGAUGCAGUUGUAGACGGGCGUGGUAUGCUAUAUCGAGCCACAGUGACAUGAAGUGGUGGACAUCUCUGAAAUAGAUAGGGGAAGUCCAGGUGAGGCUGGAGAAAUCACAGCGGCUGUAAACUGAGGGUAUCCAGGUUGAUGUACUUCGCUGACAUUCAACUGCAGACAAGGACAGCAAAUGAUGAACACAACAUGAAGUGAUGGUGAUCAUGGAUGACAAAGACAGGUGGCCGGACGCUGAAUCCUGGAGUCGGCCGUAUGUCGUCCGGCGGAGAGAGACCUUUGGUCUGAGAAUAUGAAUCUGCAACUACUCUAAUCUCCACAUCUUCUUCCACAACAUCAUCAUCACUACCAUGGCCAGUUUCCUCCGAGUCCCAUAUCGGAAACUGUUCAAGUUCAUUGUCUUGUUUUACGUGCUACUGUUGGGGGCAUUGCUAUUUGCAUGGAAGUCGUAUGGGACAGUGCCGCUGCAGGAUUUCCUGUCUGACGGGCACACUGUCGGCAAGGUUGGCAACGUUGUCACGCAAGUCAGGGUGGCGCUGCAAUCGGGAAUAAUAAAGAUGGCGCAAGCGGAAGGUCAGAGAGGAUGUGAUAUUAAACAUAAAGUAUCGUUCAUGAAUCAGACAAUGAUUAUAAAUCAGGAUCCGGUUUGCGGCUGGUUGAAAGCUGCUAAGGUAGAGAGCCAGGGUCAGUUUGUUAAUUACGGCAAUCAGUUUGCCCGAUUGCAUAAUGUGAUCAUUGACCCUUCGUUAGGCGUUGGCAGAAAAGGGGGAGAAGCUAUCUCCUCUGUGCUUAACCAACGAGAAGAGGAGGAGUAUCUGAACCUGAAGAAAGGAUAUUUCAGCUUAAACUGCGACACGACACCAGGUUUAGGAUUCGGUGGCAAAGACCACCUUCUGAAAUGGAACAAUGUCGUGAGCUGUAAAAAAGACAAAAUAGAGACAAAGCGAGUGAAAGGAAUGACUUUAGCCGUGAUGAGAUAUGAAUAUGUCAAUCUGUAUCACACAAUGACGGAUUAUUAUAACGCUUUCUUGAUGAUGUUGGUGUUUGAUCAGGACCCGGAUAAUAUUACAGUGCUCUGGGUAGAUGCCCACCCUCAAGGCGGCCUUGACGAAACGUGGAAUGUGCUGUUUGGGGAGACUAAGAGGGUGGGGCUUCUAGAGGCACCCACGCAGUUUGAUGAUAUGGUGUGGAGUGUUAUGGGUUACAACAGCCCCCUGAACUUUCAUUACAGACCAUUUGUGCCGUAUCUGGAACUGUUUCGAGAAUUCUUCCUUUCUCGACACAAUGUCAAGACCAGUAAGCAGUUAAACUGCGAUAAACUUAACGUCAUGUUUAUUUGGAGAAGGGAUUAUGUUGCCCAUCCGCGAAAUCCAAAAGGUUUAGUUAAAAGGAAAAUUAAAAACGAAGAUGAGAUCAUUGCCAACUUGCAUAACAUCCUCCCAGGCCACAACGUCACGGGUGUGCAACUUGAUAUACUCCCCAUGAAACAACAACUGGAGCUUAUUGCAAAUACUGAUAUUCUGUUGGGCAUGCACGGUGCUGGCAUGUCACAUACCCUCUUCCUUCCCAAACAUGCCGGUGUUCUAGAGUUUUACCCGAUAUACUGGACCCAGGCAAAUCGGCAUUUCCGGGCAAUGGCGUCAUGGCGAGGGCUUCCGUAUCAAACAUGGCAGAACUAUGAUGGCCAGAAUGAGAAGGAGAACUACUUCACUUAUAUUUCCCCUAAAACUGUUAAUCAAAUGUUGUUGGAGGUCAAGGGAAAAAUCUGUUCCCCGAGUAGCAGGUGAUUUUAGUUGUUUAUUAAAUUGUUCGGGUAUUACAAUAAAUUUAUUUUCUAUA